AUGACACGCGGAUCGUGGAGCCAGCGGCAGGUGGGCCGGGCGCCCCCUGCGGCGGGAGCAGCCCUCGGGGAGCCCGCGUGCGGGUCGCCGCCCUCCCUGCCCGCCAGGGGGCGCCGUGCAGCCGCCCGGCCUCCGCGGUCCAGGAUGGCCAUUGGGUCAGGAGCCCCCAGAGGCCACAGACAGUGCGGGGCUGGAAGACUUCCCAGAAGCGAGGCCAACGGGGCGGUGCCUGACGGCGUCGGCAGUGGCUGUGGGUUAGGCCGGGGCAGCCGGCAGGUGCGUGGCGGGUGGGGGGGUACCCGAACAUACACCCAGGUUGAAGGGCGCAGGCCAAGUUCAGAGGAUGAGCAGGAAAGAAAAGGCCUGAGUGCCACAGGCCACCUUCCAGGAGCAGCCGGCCAGCAGGCGGGAGCGUGCGGUCCAGUGGGAGCCUUCGGCGGCCCCGGCGGCCGCUCUUCAGAUGGCUGCCCAACCCGGGCCCUCACCCCCUGGACCCGAAGCCCUCCCGUCACCCGAGGGGCUGGGGCUCCUGCACACUUUCCCUCGAGCAGCAACAGCCGCAAACAGAGCAAGGAGCUCAGCCUUCUGCCAGAGCCCGGGGUGCCUUGGCCUCUGACUCCGGACCUCACGGAGACGCAGGGCCCUCCCGUGGCUUCUCAUCCUGGAGUCGGGAGAAGGGGCGGCUGUGGUCUGAUGUUCCCGGCCGGGCCCCUCUGCCCACGUUCGUGCGUUUCUGCGAGUCCACUGGGUCUCUGCGGGCACAGUGUCCCCAGCUCCAGCACCCAGGCCCAGGAGGACCAAGCACUGCCAGCCACAGUACUGAGCAGGGGGCGCACACAAAAGCCAGCGUCAGGAAGUGUGCGUCCCGUGGCCGCGGGCACAGCCCGGACAAGCCUGAGGGGUCUGUGUUGA